GCUGAGGCCUCAAGCUUGCUGCCGGGGUCGGGGGUUACGGAGAUCCUCUCGGAGGCCGAAGAAGGAAGAUGGCGGUGGAGUCGCGCGUUACCCAGGAAGAAAUCAAGAAGGAGCCCGAGAAGCCAAUUGACCGUGAGAAGACCUGUCCGCUGCUGCUGCGGGUCUUCACCACCAACAACGGCCGCCACCACCGCAUGGACGAGUUCUCCCGCGGAAACGUGCCGUCCAGCGAGCUGCAGAUCUAUACCUGGAUGGAUGCAACCUUGAAAGAACUGACUAGUUUAGUGAAAGAAGUCUACCCAGAAGCUAGAAAGAAGGGUACACACUUCAACUUCGCAAUUGUUUUUAUGGAUCUUAAAAGACCUGGCUAUCGAGUGAAGGAGAUUGGCAGCACCAUGUCUGGCAGAAAGGGGACAGACGACUCCAUGACACUUCAGUCACAGAAGUUCCAGAUAGGCGAUUAUUUAGACAUAGCCAUUACCCCUCCCAACCGAGCACCGCCUCCUUCAGGGCGAAUGAGACCUUACUAAAUCCUAUGUACUUUUUCAAAUUUAUUUUUCAGCCACUUAUGUAAAAUAAGAUAGAUACUUGUUCCCCUGGUAUUUGCCAUUAAGCCUUUAAAUUCUGAAGAAUUGUAACACAUCUAUUUAGGACUUAGAUUUGGAUGUACUAUAGUAUGACUAUUAGAAAGUCCACGUUUCAAGCUUCUGUAAAAUAUGAAGAAAAGUGCUCUUAGCAUUCUGUGUGAAACUGUAUUGUGAAAUAUAUGUGUGCAAUCAG